CCAGACGGCUGAGGGUGCUGGUCCAAGGGCUCGGUGACCCAGGGAUGAGAGCGCAGGCUGUGACAAGCAAAGACACUUUCCUCUAGCCAUGGUUUGUUUCCGAACUUCACCGAGUCAUUCGUGGGUUUAUCCCACUGUGAUUCUCUGCUUAUUUGGAUUUUUCUCCUUGAUGAGACCUUCAGAACCAUUCCUCAUCCCAUAUUUAUCUGGACCAGAUAAAAACCUGACAAGCAAAGAGAUCACACAUGAGAUCCUUCCCGUUUGGACUUACUCUUACCUGGUGCUGCUGUUCCCCGUGUUUGUCCUCACCGAUUUCGUCCGCUAUAAACCUGUCAUCAUUUUACAAGGGAUUAGCUUCAUGAUUACCUGGUUGCUGCUCUUGUUUGGCCAAGGAGUGAUGACUAUGCAGGUUGUUGAGUUCUUCUAUGGGAUGGUCACUGCCACCGAGGUGGCCUACUAUGCCUACAUAUACAGCGUGGUCAGCCCAGAGCAUUAUCAGAAAGUGAGUGGCUACUGUAGGAGCGUCACGCUGGUGGCCUACACAGCAGCCUCAGUGCUGGCCCAACUGUUGGUAUCACUGGCGAACCUCUCCUACUUUUACCUCAAUGUUAUAUCCAUGGUGUGCGUCUCCUUGGCCUUCCUUUCCUCACUUUUUCUACCAAUGCCCAAGAAAAGCAUGUUCUUUCAUGCCAAACCCAACAAAGACAUGCAGAAGUCACCCAGCACAAAUGCCGCAUUAGAUGAACCUCACAAGGGUGAUGCCCCAAGCUGUGAAGAGGAGAAACCCACUCAAGAAAUACCGACCAAUUCCAAGAAUCUGGAUGAUGGCCAGUUGAGUAGCCCAAAGCCAGAAAAUAUGGCUUUGCGAGUUUUUGUGCAGUGGUUCCAAGAUUUGAAGGAGUGCUAUUCCUCGAAGCGUCUCUUUUACUGGUCCCUGUGGUGGGCUCUUUCCACAGCGGGUUUUAACCAGAUUUUGAACUAUGUUCAAAUGCUAUGGAAUUACAAGGCUCCGUCCCAAAAUUCCUCCAUCUAUAAUGGAGCAGUAGAAGCUAUUGCAACCUUUGGAGGGGCUGUGGCUGCCUUUGCUGUUGGUUAUGUGAAAGUCAACUGGAAUCUGCUGGGAGAGCUGGCACUGGGGGUCUUCUCAGGUGUCAAUGCGGGUGCCUUGCUCCUUAUGCAUUACACUACCAACAUCUGGGUGUGCUACGCUGGCUAUUUGAUAUUCAAGUCAGGCUAUAUGCUUCUUAUAACCAUAGCAGUAUUUCAGAUUGCAGUUAAUCUGAGUGUGGAACGCUAUGCCCUGGUGUUUGGAAUCGACACCUUCAUUGCUUUGGUGAUCCAGACCAUUAUGACUGUGAUCGUAGUAGAUCCAAGAGGGCUCAACUUGCCAAUCAGCAUUCAGUUUUUAGUGUAUGGGAGUUAUUUUGCAGCAAUUGCUGGAAUAUUCCUAAUGAGAAGCGUAUACAUUAUGUACUCAGCCAAACGAGGAAAGCAAGUGCAGAGCUCUGCUACAAGUCAGAAUCCAGACGAUCCACACCCAGAGGAACAAACCAUCAGAGUGACAAUCGGAACAAAGCUCUAGCCUUAUCGCAUCAACCUCUGUGGCCUGGUAGCAUGGGCUCUGCUCGCCCCAAAGUCCCUGAGUGAUAGAUAGUGGGCUCUGUUUUGUCAAAUUGACAUGGUGUGCAAUUCUGGACUCCAGUGAAGCUUUUCAAAACCACAACAGAACUUCAGCUUUAGACCAGAUAACUAUGUGCCCAGCUGGACAGGGCCCAUCAUCCCAAUUAAAACAACGCACAUGGGGGACCCCAAUAAAUUGUAGAGA